AUGCGAGUACUAAAGAGUAACUCACUUCUUGCACUAGUUAACAGCUAUAUCUCCGACUCUCCACAACCAGUUAACCUUAGCUAUGCGUGGAAUUUCGGAUCACUGCUAGCAAUUUGCCUAGGUACACAAAUCGUGACUGGGGUACUUCUAGCAAUGCACUACACACCUAGUGUUGACCUAGCGUUUAUCAGUGUAGAACAUAUUAUGCGAGACGUAAACUACGGAUGGAUGAUUCGAUACAUUCACGCAAACGUAGCGUCAUUCUUCUUCAUUUUCGUAUACCUACACAUCGCUCGAGGACUAUACUACGGAUCAUACAAGGCUCCACGAAUCAUGCCAUGGUCAAUUGGUGUAAUUAUCCUAGUUCUGAUGAUGGCUAUUGCUUUCCUUGGUUACGUGCUUCCUUAUGGGCAAAUGUCACUAUGGGGAGCUACAGUAAUUACAAACAUGCUGUCAGCUAUUCCAUGGAUUGGUACAGACUUCACACAAUUUAUUUGGGGAGGUUUCUCUGUAAACAACGCAACACUGAACCGAUUCUUCUCACUUCACUACCUACUACCAUUUGUACUAGCAGCACUAGCAGCAAUGCACAUGCUAACACUACACACACACGGUAGCUCGAACCCUGAAGGAAUUAGCGCAAACCCUGACAAGGCACCAAUGCACCCAUACUACAUUUUCAAGGACCUUAUUACUAUUUUCCUAUUCUUUAUUGCUCUAGCAACACUGGUGAUGUACGCACCUAACCUGCUAGGACACAGUGACAACUACAUUCCAGCUAACCCAAUGCAAACACCACCGUCAAUCGUGCCUGAAUGGUAUCUACUACCUUUCUACGCUAUUCUUCGGUCAAUUCCUAACAAGCUUCUAGGAGUUGUUGGAAUGCUAGGUGCUCUACUGAUCCUUCUAGCAAUGCCACUACUAGACGACGGACGAGGACGAGGUGACGUUCACCGACCUGCUUCACGAGUAGCCUUCUGGGUAUUCGUAGGUAUCUUCUUCCUACUAAUGUUCCUAGGUAGCCAACACGCGGAAGAACCAUAUAUUACAGUUGGAGCUGUAGCUACAGCUGCUUACUUCCUAUGGUUCGUGAUGCUACUACCUAUCAUUGGUAUGAUGGAAAACUCAUCAUUUGACGGUACAAACGCACCUGCAUCAUCUCAAGCAGUCUAA